UUUAGUGUGUUCUUUAAGCUGACGUGGAAAAAUGGCGUCUACGGCAUGAAACUCUUCGUUGCAUUUCAGAUUUUUGUGGUUUUUACUGCAAAUAUUGAUUGUCAGGAAGUAUGCCAGUCUUUAUUUGGUGGCCAGGUAUAUCCACAAGAAACUUGUGCUACGCAAUCUGGGCAGAGAUCUCUCGGGCAUUCUCUACAGUGGAGCCAGGCAAUAAUAUCUAAACCUGCUCCAGACUGGAAUGGAACAGCAGUUGUAGAUGGAAAAUUCAAAGAGAUCAAACUGUCAGAUUACAAAGGAAAAUAUCUUGUCUUCUUCUUUUACCCAAUGGAUUUCACAUUUAUUUGUCCUACUGAGGUGGUUGCCUUUAAUGAAAGGAUAGAGGAGUUUAAGAAGAUAAAUACAGAAGUUGUUGCAUGCUCCGUAGACUCACCUCAUACACAUCUAGCUUGGAUAAACACUCCAAGAUCUAGUGGUGGCCUAGGCUCCAUGAAUUAUCCAUUGUUGUCAGAUAUUACUCACAAGAUCUCUAAAGCAUAUGGUGUCUACUUGGAAGACCUUGGACAUACACUCAGAGGAUUGUUCAUCAUUGACACAAAGGGCACAUUGAGACAGAUCACAAUGAAUGACUUACCUGUGGGACGAUCUGUUGAUGAGACGCUUAGACUUGUACAGGCGUUCCAGUUCACUGACACACAUGGUGAAGUUUGCCCGGCUAACUGGAAACCUGGUGCAGACACUAUUGUACCAGAUCAACAGGAGAAGCUCAAGUAUUUCAGCAAGCAUCCAUAAAACCAACAUCUAAUAUCAUCUACAUUAUAACCAGAUGUUAGACUGGUUAACAUAUUGACAGUUUUCUUGUCUCAGCUUUAUCUUUGAAACUUACAUUGAAAACCAUUCUGAAUAUCUGUAUAGAAACCAUUGCUAUAAAAACCUAUGUGUUGGCCUAUAGGAAGAUUUUUUUGGAUUUUAGGCAGAUAUCUUACAUAGAUGAUAAAUUUUUCUAGAGUUUGCAUAAAUCUUUUUAUCUACAUGACAUGACAGCUUUACUUUUUGCGACGGACGCGCCCUCAGGCGCGUUCAGAGCUAAGUCAUCUACACAUGGGAUUUCGUCUGCUACAAUCGCGCAAAGUGUCCUCAACCGAAUAACAGCCCAUGAAAAAGUACAUGAAUUUGAUCCUUUAAAACUCACAUACUUUGUCGGGAUAUCUUAAAAUCUUCCAUAUUUAGCCUUUUCAAUUUCAAAUUAAGUUAUCCAAGUUAAAAUAUGAACGUAUUUGAUUGAUAAAAACGUUGUAGUCCCGUAGUAUUAUUGCGCAAUAUGCAAAUUACUGCCGAAACGAUUUACAGCUGUCGAAAAAGUAGGACAGCAAAUUAUACUAUAAUAAAGGUGUAAGCUCUGAGUUCCAAGAAAUUAUUAGUAGGAAAUAAAUAUUUCUGCAUUAUACAAAACAUUAUUAUUAACAAAUCAAAAGUUUUUCGUGACUAGAAUAAGUCGCGCAUUAAUAAAAGAAGAACUAUUUUCGUGACUCAUGCCGCGGGUUUAGCUGAAUAUUCAGCAGUUAUUAAUAAAUUAGAUACAGUAUAAUGGUUAGUAUAAAUAUCUAUUUUUGAAAAUGCAUGUAACAAGAGAGUUUUUUCAACACUUUACCACCAUGUAGUCUUUCAUGGUAAUCUUUAUUGAUUCGGAAGUUAUAAUAUCAGUUCUACUUCCGAUUCUUGUGGUUUGUUUACAUAUUUUUCUAGGUCACGAUAUGAGUUAACAUUCGCUAUUCUAAAAAUAGAUUCUGCUUUCACCUGCAGGCGAUUAGGGAGUACACAUUAUAUAUGUAAUAAACCAGCGGAUACUUACUUUGCUUACAUGCAAUACUUACAAUUGUAAGAAGCAAACAAGUUGAAAAUGGAAUUUAGUAUGAAAUUGAAAAGGACAGCUUAAGUGACGUUUAAAUUAAAAUAAAAACGAUGUGCUCUGGCCUCUACAUCUUUACCUUGUAAAUAAAAAAAAAUCUAAAAAAAAACACUUUUAAUUGCUGAUGAUUUUAACCAAAAAUAUUUUUAAUGAGACAUAUCCAAGAGAAAUAAAAAUACAAAUGACUUAUAUUUUAUUGUCUAUAUGCCCACUAUGAUAUAACACGAAGCAAUUCUAAAUAACAUUCUCACAUGUAUAAUGUAUUAUGCUUGAAGUUAAUUUGCAUGGUUUUAUUUUAGAAAUAUUUCGUUGACAGUUUUUUUUUCUAUUUACAUAUCAUUCCUUGGAAUAAAUCGAUAAGGACACUGAUUUACAAGUUUGACCAGAGUUUUUAGGCAUAAAUUUCAUUCUGUAUAACUUUUUAAGUAGAAAAUCUGAAUUAUAUCAGAUUGGGACACAUAAAAUAUAUUGCUCUACAAAUCUCGAACUUGUAUGGAAACAAAUUUUCUCUGUUAUAUCUUUUGUGUUUUGUUUUUUUUCUCUAAAAAAGCCUUAAUGUCUCUCCGGUUGCAUGUCUGUCGCAUUCAGUGCUGCAGCACUUUGAUUACUUAUACUAGUUAUUGUUUGUUCACACUAUUUUCUUAGACCUAGUCAUUUAUUAAAGAAUUUUCAACAUGGUUCAUACUGUAUAGAAAUAAACCAUUCCACUAUUUUUGAUAUUUGUACAUGUUUAUUUUUUCUGUAUGAGGAACAUUUGUUUAUUGUUUGAUUAAAAUAAAAUCAUUCACAGUGCUGAGAAGCUAGAAAUUAAAGGCAAAUUUAAAGACUAGACUAAUUAUGAUUAAAUUAGUUCAUAUUACAGUAAGCUUUCUUUCUUUUUCUUUUUUUCCAAUAAAAGUUGCUUUUUGUAUUUAGUUAAUAUGUAAAAAGGAAACUAAUAUAACUUACAUGUCUACUUUGAGUGACAUACAGUCACUGGUACUCAGUGAUUGAUAUGUAUUAUAUCUUACUGCUAAAUUUAUAUUUAUAAAGUUGUUGUUUUAUUUUAAGUGUUAGAUCGAUAACCUGUAUGCUUUAAACAUUUUAUGUUUUGAUUUAAGUUGUUUUAAGCUUAGUAUUAAGUUUGUUAAGAAUAAAUCCAUGCUAAGGAGUGAUAUUUCAAUCAUUGUGUUAUAAACCAGAUAUUCAUUUGCUCAUGACAGCUUAUAUAUACACGUGUAAUUGUGUGUACUCAUUGUGAAAUCCGUAUUGUAGAGUUAUUUAUGUUGUGUGUUGUUGUGUAUUUUGUUUAAAUGUAAUAACCUAGGUUUGGGUAAUUAAAUGUAUUUCAGACUGUAUUUAAUAAUUGUUAUAUUUUAAGUUAAUUGAGGGUAACCAUUCUAUGUUAUAAAAUGAGACCAGUCUAUAAAUGCAGCUCUCUGAUUGGUUGGAUUCAGAUGAUUCCUACAGCAUCAUCCAAUUGGGUUGUCAGAUGAAGAAAUUAAAGUUAAGCGAGAAUGAGGUGUUUGGCCAAGAUAGGAAAUGAAACUAAGUUUUAAGUUUUAAUGAAUUUAUACAUGUGUCUUUGUUGUAAAUUAUGUGUUUGAAUGAAUGGACAUUUCUAUAUAUGAAUAUUGAGUGUAAAAUGUAGGGAUAGGAACAUAUCUUAUGUGUUAAUAUAAUUUUUGAAUGAAUGAAGUAUUGCCCUAUUUGAUCAAUGCUACAUAGAUUUGUGUUUGACAUUUCCAUUUAAAAGGGCAUCUAUUUUACAAAAUAUUGAAUGAUAAAUCUUACAAUUAAAGUUGCUAAGGUAAUGGGAUACUUUAAAUGAUUUGAGGUUAAUUUGUCUAAAUAUAGGCAAAAGAAAUGUUUAAAAAUACACACACAUACAUUUAAAAAAAAAAGCUCCAUGAGAAGUAUUUUAAAAACUGUUAAUAAAACGGGCAAUUAUAACAUACAUUUUACCAGCAUUUAAUAAGUACAUACUGUAUUAUUAUAUUUAUAUGCAUUUAGAUGUUUAUGAAUAUCAUUUGAGUUUAUUAAAUGAAUCUCUGAAUGAGACUUAUAUGA